GUGUUUUAGCGUGACUUAUGGUUAAUAUGGCGGGAAAUUGGAGUCUAUUCUUGUAAGUGUAAACAAAAAGGUCUGUCAUGUCUGAAAACGAAGAUAUGGACUCUCAGUGUGUUCCAGAUGUAUCGAUGGACGGCAGUGAGUCUUUCAGAAGCUUGGUUGAUGUUGAUUUGGAAAGAUUAGCUAUGCAUUUGGAACUGCCAGGGCAGAUUAAAAAGAAAGCAAACACAGUUUUAGAAACAUUGCAGCAUCAAGAUGAAUACAGUUUGAAAUUGAUCUCAAAAUCCAGUGCAAUAGUGUGUGCUGUAUACAUUGCUGCCAUAGACACAAGAAUGCCAUAUGGACCAUCAGAUCCACAUUUGGAGAUAGGAUACUUAGAAAAACCAGAUGUCACUCUGUCUGAUAUUCUACAGAAAUCUAAUACAAGUGUGCCAUUACUUUUUAAAUGGAUGAACCAUUUCCGUGAUUUGUGUGUAAGUGAGGCAGUCCAAUUUCACCUCAAACAAGUCGAGAGGGAGUACUGUGUAGUGUCUGCGUUAUUUUAUACAUAUGAAAGGUUGUGUCGUACUAUCUUCAAAGAAGAAGAGAAAGGGGACACCAGCAGCAUUCCAUUAGAGACGGUCACAAACAAAAAACGGCUCUCCUGGGUGUUAUUUCUGUUGGCAAAAGAGAGGUUAUUAACAGAUGGGCAACUAGUGGAAGCUUUCUACAUCUUAGUAUGCUGUUAUGAGUAUGUGCUACGGGAUACGCCUGGCUUCCUAUUGAAUUCUCCAUAUGAUGAGGUUCAAGUUAUGGAGGGUUCGGAGAGGCAGGAGGGUCUGAUGUUGAAGACUCUCUCGGAGCAGUUCGAUCUAUCUUAUGAAGAGAUAGUCCUUGUGCAGAAAAGUAGAGUGGAGCCAUACUUUCAAAGAUUAUUCCAAGGAGACAGAGAGAUUGAGUUAUUGUCGCUGACGGAGCAGUAUGAGAGAGACUACAAACAGAAAGGAGACCUGAAUGAAUUGUUGUUCUUACAGCAUGAUUCUCAUCUGCAGCCACUGGAACAGAAUGGUAAUCUGUCAUCGCCAAGAAAUGAUGAACCAGACGGACCCCCAAUAACCCCAGUCAGUGACUUGAUUGAGAAAAUAAACACACUGUCUGUUACUGGAGACUCCAUAGAGGCAAUCCUCAGAGCAGCAUUAAAUACCAUUCAGCAGUUAAAGAAAAUCUUGUCAACUACGCAGGAUGAACCAAGUGAAGAGCUCCAGGCCCAUUUCAAGAAUUGCUCUCAGAAUCCACUGACAUCUAUCAGGGACAGAAUGAACAAAUUGGAGACGGUCUUUAUCAACGGGUUUAUGCAGCAGACAGACAGAAAUCAAGCAGCCAUUGCAAAACAAAGAUUUGUCCUGGCCAGGCGUCUCUACUACAGAGUCAUGGAAUCCAUGCUUAACCAUGAGAAGCAGCGACUUUCUCAGACAGACUUCAGUAAGUUGUUGAACAUUGACUCCUUCCAUGUGUCCCUGCUGGCCUGUGCUUUGGAGAUAGUAAUGAUGACAUACGGAUCCUCUUGGAAUCCAUCUUUUGGGACUGUGUGUGCCGGGGACUCCAAAUUCUCCUUCCCUUGGAUUAUAGUGACAUUUGGUCUACAUUCGUAUGACUUUUUCAAAGUGUUAGAAAGUUUCAUCAAGGCAGAGCCAGUACUCACCAAAGACAUUGUGAAGCACUUACAGGGCUUGGAGAAGAGAAUCUUGGAGCAGCUAGCAUGGACGCCAGAGUCACCCUUGUUUGAUGCCUUGAAUAAGUCUGAGACACCAGUGUUACCCAUGGAGGCCACACCCUCUAUGACAGUCUCCUCAGCUGACCUGUAUUUAUCUCCAAUGCGUGUUGUUACAAAGAGUAAAGGGCUCUCUCCAUCAUAUGGGCAAUCCCCCCAAAAGAUGUCCUCUCCUGGACAUGAACUGACCAGUCCAGAAAAAACAACCGGAAAAAAAUCUCAAUCCCUCGCCAUCUUCCUUAACAAAGUUUGUCGAUUAGGAUUUCACCGUCUGGAGCAACUGAACUCGCUUCUUGCUGUACCAAAGGAUUUGCAACACAAGAUCUGGACGUGUUUUGAAUACUGUAUAACAAAGAGGACAGGCUUACUGAAGAAUAGACACCUAGACCAGCUGAUGCUUUGUUCAGUGUAUGCAAUUUGCAAAGUGGCAGAAAAAGAAAUCAAGUUCAAGACAAUUAUCAGGACAUACAGUGAACUUCCGGAUGCAAGCCCAAACGUGUACCGGCAUGCUUUGAUUAAAGGUUGUGAAUACGACUCCAUCAUUGGAUUCUAUAACCAGGUGUUCAUGCACAACAUGAAGAACUACAUACUACAGUUUGGUCCAACAAAGCAGACACCUUCGUUGUCUCCAGUUCCCAAAACAAUGACAUCCCCCAUUUACAGUAUACCAUCAAGACGUAACUUUUAUGUUUCACCAUUGAAAGACUCGCCAUUCAAACCCCCGCUGUCUCCAAGCCAGAUGACACCUAGGUCUAGACAGCUGUACAGUUUUGGAGAUAUUACAGGGUCUAGUGAGAAGACUACAAAGAAUAAAUGAAUCUGUGUCUCGAGCCAAGAACAACAGUACUGGAACCACUCCAAGGAGCCAGAAACGAUUACGAUUUGAUCCACCGGCUGAACCAGAGAGUUCAGCAGCAGCACUACCAAACAAUGAAACUUCCAACCAUGGUGAAAAAGGUCAAGAUGACCAACAGCUCGAGCGGAGCCUCAUUCAAGGACAGAAGAGAGUAAUGGAGAUGAAUCUCAGGAUGUUCCCCGGUGACUAGAAACAAAAUUAACACAAAACUAAUUUAUCAUGAUGACUGAUAUAACACCUACACUUGUGUUACUGUCAAUGGUUUAACUUUGUGUGUCAGUUCAAUGUAUAUUUUAUGCCUAUCAUGAAGUCGUUAUUUUUUAAAAUUUUGUAUGUGUUGUCUAUUUUCACUUGUACCAAAGUGUUAAGUCUACACCGAUAUGAAUUGAUAUUAUUUAAAAAUACCCGUUACUUUCUUUUUAAUGCCAGUAUGUCCUAGGAAAUCCUUUAAAGCAGUAAAUGUUACUUUGUCUUUACUUGUUUAUUAUUAAUGUUUACUUGUUUAUAAUUAAUACAUGUAUAAAUGGGUGUUGUUUUUAAUUCACCUGUAAAAUAGCACACCAUCAUUUACAACCAAGUUGUAAACCAGUAAUAAAUUAAACUUUUAUCAUUCGUAAUUUAAAUCAGAGAGAAUAAAUUUUAAAAUUGUACAUGUACAGCCUACAGCCUAUUCCAGUCCUUUGUGUUGCUGUUAAUGAGAUAUUGAACAUUUUAAAUCAUUUUAAUGUUAAAUUAUUUAAUGUUACUAUUAUUUUUUUUAAAUCAUGAAUAUCAAUGAGUUUUAAUUGUGACUUUGAUGGUAUUAUUAAGUUUUGAGUCAAUAAAAAGAUAUUUUACCAUUGGAA